AUGAAUCUUAGGUCUAACUCGUUGCUGGUGAAAUGUUUCACGUCAGCAUUCAUCUAUUACGUGCCACAGGAUAUGGUAAUGGGCUUUUUAAUUGCCUCAAACCACCAUUCGAAAGGCACGGGUGUGACAGGGGCCAUCACUAAUGACUACUCGACUAAUGCCAGCGAAGUUGCCAACCAAUUGGGCAUAAGUGCUAGUCAGAUUAUGGUUAAAAGAGGGUUUGGAUUUACUAAAUAUGAACUUAUAUAA